GCCUAGGUAUAGGUACCUGGACAUUGAACUGAUUGAGUAUUUGAGUUGAACCAGAAGCAGCCACAGGAGCCUACGACCCCCGAUUCCCCUGAAGUUUCGGAGAGAGUCCAGUCUUAUCUGAGGAAGAAAGGGGGUCUUCUCUGCAUUUACCUACUCAGUUAAUUAUUGAUUUAUCUUCUUGCUGCUGCCAGUAUUUUUUUCUUCUCGAUUUCGAUCAUUCAGGAUUCAACUCGUGCAGAUUAUAGCUCCAGCUCGAGUAAGAGUUCAGUGAUCCAAGUACUUAUAUACCCACCCUCAGUAGCAAAAAAGACAGGAUCGUAAGCAGCUUGGAUACCCAAAUAGUUCAUAGAGGUUCAUUGAGUUCAUUCAUCUAGUCCGUCCAACAGUAGCAAUUGAAAAAUGAAUCUGCACGACCUGAUGCAGCUCAUCGUCUCGCAUUCCUUUGCGUGAAGUGAUCAAGUGCAGCAGCAUGUACGCCCUGCAAAUGCAAACUGCCUGCCAGGGCGAGGGAGAUGGGGAGCUUGGUCCCUGCGAUCCUUUGCAGUCGAUGCAACAACCGGAGCAACAGCAGCAACCUAUUACACAGGACUGCAGCUCCUUUGACAUCGUUAGAGCCACACAGUUUGGAGCCUUGGAUAGGGUCAAAGAGCUAGUCGAGGCAGGUGCAGAUGUCAACAAACCAGACUCCGAAACAGUCACGCUGCUUCAUUGGGCUGCCAUAAACAAUAGGAAAGAAAUAGUCAAGUACCUUAUUGCCAAAGGAGCAGUCGUUGAUGCCAUAGGUGGAGAUUUGCGCUCGACUCCUUUGCACUGGGCCGCGAGGCAAGGUCAUUUGCCAACUGUAGUAAUUUUAAUGAAAGCUGGAGCUAAUCCUACUCUACGUGACUGCGAAGGUUCAACAUGUAUUCAUUUAGCAGCUCAGUUUGGACGAACACCCAUUAUUGCUUACCUAGUUGCAAAGGGAAUUAAUCCAAACACGCCUGACAGAAGUGCCAUGACACCAUUGAUGUGGAGUGCGUAUAAUAUUAAAAGCGUCGCAUAUUUUCACAGUCUAGAUCCAACUCGAUUGUUACUCGUACUGGGUGCAUCGCAUAGCUUGACUGACAAUAUAUAUGGAAACACAGCACUGCAUUGGGCAAUUAUAGCCAAAAAUAAUUCAGCAAUAAAAACGUUGGUUCAUUAUGGAGCUUCCUUGGAUAUUCCAAACUUUAAAAAUGAGACCCCAAUGCUAUUGUUGGGGCCUCAUAUUGGAGCAGCUUGGUUAGGACAUAAGUUUAGUCAUGAGAUAAAACAAAAACAAGGUCGUACAAAGCUUUGGUUUCGAGACAAGAGAAUACGAUGGUAUUGCAUGGUUAGCACUCCUUUUGUACUAUUUUACGCCAUUGGGAUGAUAUUCCAGAGCGGCCUAGAUUACUUGCUGAAAUUGUUUGCUUUUGUUGCUCUCUACAUUGUAAUUCAUACUGCAAAUAAUCACGUUUACGACGAUAGACUGAGUUAUGUUCUACCAAUGUCGAUUUACUUAGCAACUAAGAUGUGGAUAUACGUGACUUGGCUUUUCUGGCUUGGAAUACAUGCAGCCUGGUAUCUUUGGCUUUUAUUAGUUAGUGGUUCAGUACCUCUUUGGUUCUGCUUUUUAAAAUCUUGGCGCGGCGAUCCAGGUGUAAUCAAAGUCUCUCAAGAAGAAAAGCUCAAUAGCCUGAUCGAAUUAGCGGAAAACGGCGGCUUUGGACCACAAUUAUUUUGCCAUACUUGUUUAGUGCGCAAACCAAUACGAUCGAAGCAUUGUUCAGUAUGUGAUGUAUGCGUGGCCAGGUACGAUCAUCAUUGCCCUUGGGUCAACAACUGUAUUGGUGCUCGCAACCACAAAUACUUUCUAGGCUUUCUAGCAUCUCUCUAUGGUCUAUGUUUCGUCAUUCUUACUGCCAGUAUUCAAUAUUGGCAAUUUGAGUGUUGGACAGAUCUUACCAACACUCACACCGCUGACAAUUAUUUAAUUGCCGCUGCAACUUGCGACGCUUGGAUCAUGUGGGUCACUGCCAAUACUGCCCUUCAUUUGUUUUGGGUUGGUACGCUACUUGCCUGUCAAUGCUAUCAGAUUGUGGUACUUGGUAUGACGACGAAUGAACGUAUAAAUGCCGGUCGUUACAAGCAUUUCAGCAAUGGCAAUCCAUUUCACAGAGGAGCUUUGCAAAACAUUGCCGAUUUUUGUGAUUGUAGUUUGUGUGGCUUACAAGCCAAACCAAGUACUGACUGGUUGCACAGCUAUGAUUUAAAACAAAGUGUUGAAAAAUUGCCUUUACUUCCAGAAAAAGACAAUUAUCAGUAUGUUUAAUAUUUGAUCAUACAUUAACAUCCUUACACUGAUACAUAUUCAUACAGACACACACCCACACGCACACACAUAUGUAUAGAGCACCAAAGUUGACAAUGUGAUUCUAGUGAUUAAUUUUGCUAAAGUCAAAAAGCUAGAAGCCAAAAUGUCAGGGGUUAAUCUUGGCUUGUAUUAUAAACCCUUUGUUUUUGCUAUUCAACAAGCUGUAUUCAACAGUUUUUUUUAGCAUGAAUACCAGUUUGACUUCAACGAUGGGGUUACAUAAUUAUUAUUAUUGAUUAACAUUUUUUUCUACUGUACAUAUGUCAGUUGUAUAUUUUUCUGUAGCGAGAAUGUUUUCUAAAUUAAUGGUCAUAGUUAAUUACACCAUUCAUCAAAUCAAUCACUUUUUUUUUUUUUUCUUUUUUCAUCCAGACACUUGAUAACCAGAGGAUAUCCAAUCGCGAUAGCCGUUCGAGUUAGAAAUAAUUCUUACUUAUGGGCUGGUCACAGGUCUUUACUUUAAUAAAUUAGCCAGUUCGCUACUCUGGCAGCCUUUCGAUAGAGUCGGCUGCAACGUAAACACAAAGUGACAGAGUCAAUGAGAUUUUCACAUUAUAAUAGGUGUUAGAUUAUGCGUUUCGGAAUCUUUAUUAAAUGCGUAAACGUGUCACCAACAAAUUUGAAUACAUGACGUUGUUACAUAACAGUUAAUUGUUAAUGCGCUCAGGAUAAAAUCGCACCGAUAAUGGAUUUUUUUUCUUGUGUUUUCAAAGAAGGCUAAAUCUGAUGUUUUUUAUUUCAAUUGUGUUCGAUCCUGACGUAGUUUUUUAGCUUAUUGUAUUUUGAAGACGAAAAAAUAAGACCAUGCCUCUUCAUCUUCUUCAUUAAUCUAGUCAUCAAAUGCUGACUCACAGACGAGUAGAUGCAAAAGCAACAUACAUCACAUCAAAUUGCGUCAUUGUAAACAAAUACAUAAAUACAUAUUAUGUGCCAUUAUAAGAUGUUUCGACGUAUCUACCUCUGUUUUUGAGAGUUUUGUAAUGUCAUAUCAUGUACAUAAAUAAUAGACAUACUUCUAACCCUUUCAAGUCAAUUAUGUGUAUAAAAAACUAUUUGUAUUUAAAACACAAUACGUUUAAUCCUUUGUUUUUCGCCUAUGUAAACUGAGUUCCGACACUUAUCAGUUCUUUUCGUAAUCUAUUUACAAAACAAUUUUAUAAUACACUAAUAUUGCUGGUUAUUCUAGUGAAACGAAUCAACGAGGUAAAUGUACUUCAAAGGGUUAAUCGUAAAUAUUUCCCCAGAGUAGAUGAGCUGGUGGGUACCAAACACCACAGUAACGACCAGUGAAAGUUUUAAGUAUUAAAUGUCCUACUAGCUUGUAAAGGGAGAGCGUAUUUUUCUAUGUUCUAACUAUGCUUAAUUAAUUAUAAUUAAUGAAAAGACGCUCGUUAACAAAUGAUUUUUUUAACUAUCGCAACCAUUUCACUUUUAUGAAGAAAAGUAAUGGGAUAAUAUUAUCAACUAUUAAUUAUUACGUAUAUGCUAUACAUGUGUAUUAAUUUUUACAAAAAUUUUUUAUUUCUGUAAUUAUUAAACAAAAAGUAAGGAUUUUUUUGUAUAAUAUCCAUGUUAGAGUUACAUAAACUUUUUUACGAUUACUUACGGCUUCAGUAAAUUUUUGCCAUGAAAUUGUAAAAUAUCUUUUCUCGAAAACACCAAUCAUGAGUUUAAAUACGUAUAUGACUAUUUUUACUUUAGUCAUAAUUAUCGCGGGAGUAAAUAAUUCUGCGAAAUAAUGACAUAAUUGUACAAAGUUUAUUUUUUGUUUUAUAUAAACGAAAAAAAUCUAACAAAUAUAUAAAAAGCGUUUCAAAAAGAAUAUGAUCAAAAUCAAUAUAUUUUUCGCAAGCUUAUAUCGAACAAAUUGAACAUUUUAUAAAAAACACUAGCUGACAUUCCAAGUUUAAGUAUAUGUAUGAAUUCUGCAUUUUAGCAAUAAAAAUUUCAAUUCAUGUAAUAUUACUCGUUAUGCUAUGUACGUGUCUAAUGAUAAGUAGUGCUUGAAUUUAGUGUUUUUUAUAAUACUGCUUUAUAAUCGUUUUACCUUUUUGGGAUCGGUUAAAGUGAUGUUAUGAAUGAUUAAAGUUAUUUUUGAUCUAAAAUAAGUGCGUAAGUAGUUGUUGAAAAACUUACCGUAGAAAUAAUGUUCAUAUUCAGAAAAAUUUUAAUUGACGUGAUUAAAUCAGGUCAAGUGCAUUAUUAACCAGAAUUUUUUUAUAAAAAAAAGAUGAAUUAAAAAUUGAACACUAUCAAGGGAUUUGACAAGCAAAAACUGUGAUUCUUUGAAAUCUUAAAAACUUACCUGAUGGCUUGUACAGAAUCCAUGAUUCGUUUACUCUUAAAUACACAAAAUAAAAAUUGCAUGAAAUAAAAAAAAAAUUUUUUAUUUUUUACA